CCCCCCCCGUUUCUCUCCCCCUUCUCUCCCCGCACCACCGCGGGCCUCCGAAACAACCAAAAGCUCGGCCAGGCAUCGCACGCAUCGCACAGCAACUGGCUGCCCCCACCUUCCUCCACGUUGGCACCGUCCGUGUCGAGCCAACUCGAUCUUGCCCAUCAUGGCUGACAAGCCAAUCGUCUCCAUCUCGUUCCAGAACCUCACGCUCGAGUCAGACCACUUCAUCUGCGUGUGCGUUAAGCCUUCUCAAUUCUCCCCAAGCCCCUUCAACGCAAGACUGACUUCAAAUAGCCGCGAGAAUGUCAACGACACCAACCAGGUUGUCAUUGUUGACCUCGCAGACGCCAACAACGUCAUGAGGAGGCCAAUCACUGCUGACUCGGCCAUCAUGCACCCCAAGGAGAAGAUCAUCGCGCUCAAGGCCGGACGCCAGCUCCAGGUCUUCAACCUGGCCACUAAGCAGAAGCUCGGCUCGCACCUCAUGAACGAGGACGUUAUCUACUGGGCGUGGAUCAACGAGAACACCCUCGGUAUCGUCACCGAGCGCGAGGUCCACCACUGGAACGUGAUCGAGGGCCAGGCCGGUCCCAAGAAGGUCAGCUUGCUUUCAAUCUUUGACCGCCACGCAUCCCUCGCUGGCAACCAGAUCAUCAACUACCGCAUCUCGCAGGAUGAGAAGUGGCUCGUUCUCGUUGGCAUCUCGUCCAACCCCGCUGCUGGCCAGCCUGGCUCGAACGCCUUCAAGAUCAAGGGUUCGAUGCAGCUCUACUCGAUUGAGCGCGGUGUCUCGCAGCCCAUCGAGGGUCACGCUGCUGCCUUCACCACCGUCAAGCUUGACGGUGCCCAGGUCCCCAGCAAGCUCUUUGCCUUUGCUGUCCGCAGCGGCACUGGCGCCAAGCUCCACAUCGUCGAGAUUGGCCACCAGGCGCCCAACCCGCCCUUCGCCAAGAAGGCCGUCGAUGUCUUCUUCCCCCCAGAGGCCACCAACGACUUCCCUGUCGCCAUGCAGGUGUCCGAAAAGCACGGUAUCAUCUACCUCGUCACCAAGUUCGGCUUCAUCCACCUCUACGAGGUCGAGACUGGCCAGUGCAUCUACAUGAACCGUAUCUCGGGCGAGACCAUCUUCACCACUGCCCCCUACGAGCAGCUCAACGGUAUCAUCGGUGUCAACCGCAAGGGUCAAGUCCUCAGUGUCAGCGUCGACGAGGAGACGAUUGUUCCCUACGUCCAGCAGUCGCUCAACAACCCCGAGCUUGCUAUCAAGCUCGCUACGCGUGCCGGCCUCCCUGGUGCUGACAACAUGAUUCUUGAGCAGUACCAGCGCUACCUCCAGGCCGGCCAGUAUGGCGAGGCUGCCAAGAUCGCUGCCAACUCGCCCCGCGGCAUCCUCCGAACCCCCCAGACGAUUGACACCUUCAAGAAGCUGCCCAACGUCCCCGGCACCCUCUCGCCCAUCCUCCAGUACUUUGGCAUCCUCCUCGAGAAGGGAGAGCUCAACACGUACGAGUCGCUUGAGCUUGCUCGUCCUGUUAUCCAGCAGGGCAAGAAGCAGCUCCUCGAGAAGUGGCUCAAGGAGAACAAGCUCGAGUGCAGUGAGGAGCUUGGAGACAUGGUCCGCACCGUCGACAUGAACCUUGCCCUGUCGGUCUACCUCCGCGCCAACGUCCCCAACAAGGUCGUUGCUUGCUUCGCCGAGCUCGGCCAGUUCGACAAGAUUGUCCUCUACUCCAAGAAGGUCGGCUUCACCCCCGACUACGCCCAGCUGCUCCAGCACCUCGUGCGCGUCAACCCCGACAAGGGUGCCGAGUUCGCCACUCAGCUCGUCAACGACGAGAGCGGUCCUCUUGUUGACCUCGACCGCGUCGUCGACAUCUUCAUGGCUCAGAACAUGAUCCAGCAGGCCACGUCGUUCCUCCUCGACGCCCUCAAGGACAACAAGCCCGAGCAGGGUCCUCUCCAGACUCGUCUCCUGGAGAUGAACCUUAUCAACGCUCCUCAGGUCGCCGACGCCAUCCUCGGCAACGAGAUGUUCACGCACUACGACCGCCCUCGUAUUGCCAACCUCGCCGAGAAGGCCGGCCUUGUCCAGCGUGCUCUUGAGCACUACGAGGACAUCAACGACAUCAAGCGUGUCGUUGUUCACACCAACCUCUUCAACACCGACUGGCUCGUCAACUACUUUGGCCGCCUCACCGUGGACCAGUCUUUCGAGUCCCUGCGCACUAUGCUCAAGAGCAACAUUCGCCAGAACCUCCCGAUCGUCAUCCAGAUCGCCACCAAGUACUCGGACCUCCUUGGCCCUGUCAAGCUCAUCGAGCUGUUCGAGGAGUUCAAGAGCUCUGAGGGUCUCUACUACUACCUCGGCUCGAUCGUCAACCUCAGCACUGACCCCGAGGUUCACUUCAAGUACAUCCAGGCUGCCACGCGCACUGGCCAGAUCCGCGAGGUCGAGCGCAUUGCUCGCGAGUCCAACUACUACAACCCCGAGAAGGUCAAGAACUUCCUCAAGGAGGCCAAGCUCUCGGACCAGCUCCCUCUCAUCAUUGUCUGCGACCGCUUCGACUUUGUUCACGACCUCGUUCUCUACCUCUACCAGAACGGUCUUACCAACUUUAUCGAGAUCUACGUCCAGCGUGUCAACGCCGCCCGUACUCCUCAGGUCAUUGGCGGUCUUCUCGACGUCGACUGCGACGAGACCACCAUCAAGAACCUCCUCCUCUCCGUCACUGGCUCGUUCCCCAUCGAUGAGCUCGUUGCCGAGGUUGAGAAGCGCAACCGUCUCAAGCUCAUCCUUCCCUGGCUCAACCAGAAGGUCGAGCAGGGCUCCACCGACAAGGAGGUCUACAACGCCAUUGCCAAGAUCUCGAUCGACUCGAACAACAACCCCGAGGCGUUCCUCAAGGAGAACAACCUCUACGACCCUCUGGUGGUCGGCAAGUACUGCGAGAAGCGCGACCCGUACCUCGCCUACAUUGCCUACGCCAAGGGCUUCUGCGAUGACGAGCUCAUUCACGUCACCAACGAGAACCAGAUGUACAAGCACCAGGCCCGCUACCUCGUCAAGCGCCGUGACGUCGACCUCUGGACCCAGGUCCUCAACCCCGAGAGCAUCCACCGCCGUGCUCUUAUCGACCAGGUCAUUGCCACCGCCAUCCCCGAGUCUACCGACCCGGAUGAUGUUUCGGUGACCGUCAAGGCCUUCAUGCACAUGGAGCUCCACGGUCCCCUCCUUGAGCUUCUUGAGAAGAUCAUCCUUGAGGAGUCGCCCUUCAGCGACAACAAGUCGCUCCAGAGCCUCAUGUUCCUUACGGCUAUCCGUAACGACAAGGGCAAGGUCAUGGGCUACAUCAGCAAGCUCGAGGGCUACGACGUUGACGCCAUCGCCAAGGUCGCUACCGAGGCUGGUCUCUACGAGGAGGCGUUCACCAUCUACUCGAAGCACAACAACCACGCCGAGGCGAUGAACGUCCUUGUCGAGCACAUGGUCUCGAUCGACCGUGGCUACACCUACGCCAACAAGGUCAACGAGCCGGCGGUUUGGAGCCGCCUCGGUAAGGCUCAGCUCGACGGUCUCCGUGUCAAGGACGCCAUCGACUCGUACAUCAAGGCCGAGGACCCGUCCAACUUUGAGGAGGUGAUCGAGAUUGCCAACCACGCUGGAAAGCACGAGGACCUUAUCCGCUUCCUUCAGAUGGCCCGCAAGACUGCUCGCGAGCCCAAGAUUGACACCGAGCUGGCUUACGCCUACGCCAAGACUGACCGUCUCCACGACAUGGAGGAGUUCCUCGGCAUGACCAACGUUGCCGACAUUCUCCAGGUCGGCGAGAAGUGUUUCAACGACGAGCUGUACCAGGCCUCGAAGCUCCUCUUCUCUUCGAUCUCCAACUGGGCCCGUCUCGCUACCACCCUCAUCUACCUUGGCGAGAACCAGUCUGCUGUUGACGCCGCCCGCAAGGCCGGCAACACUCAGGUCUGGAAGCAGGUCAACGCCGCGUGUGUGGACAAGAAGGAGUUCCGUCUUGCCCAGAUCUGUGGUCUCAACCUCAUUGUCCAUGCCGAGGAGCUUCCUCAGCUUCUCUCGCUCUACCAGCGCAACGGGUACUUUGACGAGAUCAUCUCGCUCAUGGAGGCUGGUCUCGGUCUCGAGCGCGCCCACAUGGGCAUGUUCACCGAGCUCUCGGUUCUCUACGCCAAGUACCGCCCUGAGAAGCUCAUGGAGCACCUCAAGCUCUUCUGGCAGCGUAUCAACAUCCCCAAGGUCAUCAAGGCCACCGAGCAGGCCGCUCUCUGGCCCGAGCUUGUCUACCUGUACAUUGUGUACGACGAGCCCGACAACGCUGCUCUCGCCAUGAUGGAGCGUCUUGGUGACUGGGACCACGACCAGUUCAAGAAGAUCAUUGUCAAGGUUGCCAACAUGGAGAUUGCCUACAAGGCCAUCACCUUCUACCUUGCCAAGCAGCCUCUUCUUCUCCCCGACCUUCUCGCCGCCCUCUCGCCCCGUCUCGACCACGCCCGUGUUGUCAAGAUUCUCGAGAACGAGGACAACCUUCCUCUGGCCAAGCAGUACCUCAUUGCCACUCAGAAGCUCAACCUCAAGGUUGUCAACGAGGCGUACAACGACCUGCUUAUCGAGGAGGAGGACCACGUCACUCUUCGCAGCUCGCUUGAAACGCACGACCAGUACGACGCCAUCAAGCUUGCCAAGCGCCUCGAGAAGCACGACCUGCUCGAGUUCCGACGCAUUGCCUCGCUCCUGUAUCGCCUCAACUCCAAGUACGACGAGUCGCUUGGCCUUUCCAAGGCCGACCGUCUGUGGCGCGAUGCUCUCGAGACUGCCGCCUACUCGAAGGAGACCGAGGUCGCCGAGGACCUGGCGACUUACUUUGUUUCCAUUGGUAACAAGGAGGCGUUUGCCGCCUUGUUGUAUGUCUGCUACGAGCUUAUCCGCCCCGACUUUGUCGAGGAGCUGAGCUGGCGCUACGGAUUGGGAGACAUUACCCGGCCGUACUCGCUCCAGAAGACGACCGAGGUGUCGCAGAAGAUCGCUGCGCUGGAGAAGGAGCUCAAGGAGCUCAAGCUCAAGCAGGCGGCCAAGGAGCCCGAGGAGGACGCCCAGUCCAACCUUCUUGGCGGUGGUCUCGGUGGACGGUUACUGAUUGGAGGGCCAGCUGGCUUUGCCAACGGUCUCGCGGCCCAGCCAACGGGCUUCUACUAAACCCCCCACCUAGUUGUGUAUCUCUGGCGAUACCCCUCGCAACCUCUUUGGUCCCUCUGUGACGCCUCAUUAGCCUCUAGCCCCUACCAGUCACACGCCAUCACGAUCAUAGUAGAAUGAAAUGAAUUACAGCAGUCG